AUGGCAGACCCCGUCGAGUACCCGUACUACACCCAGGCCAUCGUCCUUACCUUCCUAUCCGGCCUCUCCGUAAUUGUGCAAAUUCCACCCGCGCUCUGGCACUUCCGGCACCGCAACCUCGCGGCAACGACUCUAGUCUGCUGGCUCAUAAUCCAGAACCUCAUGAUCUUCAUCAACUCGCUCAUCUGGCCCACCGACGACCUGGAAAACUGGUGGAGAGGUGCCGGCUUCUGCGACGUCCAAGUGCACAUCCUGAUCUUCACCUUCGUGAGCUGCGCUGGCUGCGUCCUCUGCAUCAUGCAAGGCCUCGCCCGGGUCCUGGACACUGACGACGUCAUCGUGGCGCCCUCGCGGGCUCGCCGCAUGCGCCGCGCUGCCGUCGACGUGUUUUGGUGUUUUGGCCUCCCCACCGUCAUGACGGGCGUCUACUACGUGGUGCAGAACAUCCGCUACUACGUCUAUGGCAUCGUCGGGUGCGUCGCGUCCUUCGACAGCAGCUGGCUCGGGGUUCUCCUCAUGCCCACGCCACCCCUCAUAAUCGGCUUGACCGCAGCCCUCUACGCCACACUAAUCCUCUACCGCACGUUCCGCUACCGCAAAGAGUUCUCGCGCAUGCUCGCCGCCUCGAACACGACGCCCUCGCGCUUCCUCCGCCUCUUCAUCAUCUGCGCCUUCUUCAUGGCCGGCAUCCUCCCCUACCAGGCUUACAUGCUGUACGUCAACAUGACGGGCCGCGACUUUGGGUCCUACAGCUGGACGCGCGUGCACGGCCCCGACUGGAACGUCACGCUGCUGGUGGCCAGCGACGGCGUCGUGCUCGCCGAAUACUGGAUCACGGUCGCGCUGGGGUACGCGCUGUUUGCGUUUUUCGGGCUCGGCGACGACGCCAUGGCCAUGUAUCGUGCG